AUGGUCAUGGGCGGCGCCAUGGGCCUUGUCAUGGGCGAGGUCAUCAUCAUACACCGGCCCAAACAGCAGCGCAAGGGUGUCGUCGCCGUCGUCGUGUCGGGACGAGGAGUCGGGCGAGGUGGUAGGGGCGCCUCAGCAUUUUCCGCACCACCACCCACCACUCGCUCUCGCCCGAAGCCCUUGCACUCGCCCUCGCCCACAGCACACGCUGAGCAAGCCGGCCGCUGUGUUGCACUGCGAGAGCGCGCCGUGACAGCUCCCCGUUGCGCCCGCCAUCCACCACCCACCCAGCUCGACCACGCAACCCAAAACAUGUUCCCUCACCAGGGUGGCCAAGGCCAGCUUCCCGCCCACUGGCAACCACCCACUGCCCAGCAGCCCGCGAAUGGCUCGUAUGCGCAGCCUCCGCAUAUGAACACCACGCUCCCACCUCCACCUCCACCGCCCCAAGAGCCCCGCCCCGACAUGGCCCAACAUCCUCAGUACCAGCACCAGCAGCCAUACCGUCUGCCAGGCCCCAAUGAGUGGACACGCGCUCCUCCUCCGCCAGACUAUCGCCAGCAGCCACCACCGCCUCCCCAAUAUGUCCAGCAACACCACCAGCCGCCCGCUCCGCGACAGCGCACUGCCAUUGCCUGUCGCUACUGCCGACGCCGCAAGAUUCGCUGCUCCGGCUUCGAGGCGACUGAAGACGGCCGCUGCUCCAACUGCAUGAGGUUCAACCAAGACUGCAUCUUCACCCCAGUCUCGGCCCAGACUCAGGCCUUUGUUCCUGCACACACAGUCUGGCGCGGUGUCGGACAGCCACCGCCCAUGUACGGUGCCUAUGGGCAGCCACUACCUCCUGCCAGCCACGGCGAGCCAUAUGGCCAGCCGUCGCGCCAGCCGCAGUAUCUGCCCAGCCCCACUGCAGGUCCGUACCCAGCUCAUUCUGACUAUGGCCCGCCCAGUGCUUCUCCAGAUGAUGCGAGCCGUGAUGCGCUGGCAGGCAGGAAGAGACUCCAUCCUGAGCCUCAUACCCCUACUCUGCCGCCGCCACAUCCUGGCUCAGCGUCACAGGCUCCUCAUCGAGGCACUGGAGAAGGCUAUGCCUAUCCAGAGCCACCGUCUCUAACUUCGGCUGCUUCAACAGCAAACACUCCCACCCCUUACCCCUCCGCGCCUCCUCCCGCCCACCCUUCCUACGCCGCACAGCCGCCGCGUCAAGCUUCUCCACAGAGCGCCUACCGCUACGAGCCGAGUCGCACCUCUUCAUCGCCACACUCUCAAGCACCAACCACCCCCGGUGCCCCUCCUACGCCUUAUUACGCAGCUCCACCGCAGCCCAACGGCGUCCUGCAGCCACCGCCUGCGCGCAGUGAUGGCAGAACCCCACCACCGCCUACAUCGACACCCUCGGCUAGACCCAGCAUGCGCAUCAAUGACCUCGUAAGCGACAAUGGCCCCGCUCGCAGCUCGACCGAUUCGUCCAUGCUCAAUAUGCUCAACCGCCGGCCCAUGUAA